GCUCAGUGCAACCGUGAACGAUCACAACCCGUCCGCGUAGAGCUGACUACACCAAAUGACCAACGAACUAACAGCUAGCCAGUGGGCUACCUGAACAAAUUGCUUCCGACAUUGCGUCUGUUGGGGCUGGCUUUAUGAGGCUGUCUCGUAAUAUCUGUUGUGCUCGGGCCCCCUGAUGGUGCCCAGGUGUCCAUAGCGGGUUCGAUCCCCCUUUGUCGACGAGGCCCUACACUCGCUAAACAGUUCUUCUUCUUCCUGAGCAGGCUUCAACAUGUCGCGGCCUGUCUUGCGCGCGAAAGCGUCUAUCAGUACUAUCGGUUCUCUCCCUGAUCAGGAGAAUGCCCCACCCAAGGUCACCCUACUGUACUCCCACACGUCCUGCCGCAUCGUCAACUUUACUUCCAAGGUUACGACAUUGCGAGCUGAAGGACCGCCUCCUUCCAGUGAAGAUGAAAGGACGGUGGCUACGGGAGAGUUGAAGGUGUAUAAGACCAAUGGGAUGCAUAAUGUUACAUUUUUGACGUGUGGGAGCGUUACGCAUCCUAUCAUGCCCAGGUUGAGGUGCUGGAGGGUUGGAAGAUGGAAGUUCGUCCUCCCUACCCCGGCCGCGAAGUACUGGCGGGUGGAGUUAACCGACAAUGAUAUCGAUGCUGCGAAUCGACUCGAGCAGGUCUUGUCUGGUAUUCUUGCAUACGAACGGGAGCAGGCUCCUUUCCGUAGAUCUGUGGUGAUCGUGGAUGAAUCGUCGCAGCGUGUGGUAGGGACGAUUGGAAAGAAUGUGGUGAGGAGUGGCGUUGUGAGGUUACCUAGCUAUAAGGAGAUGAGGGUUAAGACUGAAGAAAGCGGUCGACCGGGGACAGGCUCUGGUGAGGCCCCGCAGCCUUGGCCGGUUCAUGAAGGUACGAUGCCCGGCUCGCCGGUGAAGAGGACUCCUGUGGACGGGUAUGAUAAGGCAUUAUGGUGGGUUGCGAAGGAGGAUGACUUUGAGCAGCAGAACUUGACUGGGAGUAUCUCGCCGACGAAGCUCAAAACUCUCGGCACGAAGAGUGACAAGGAUGCUGGCGCAGAGCAGUCAGAGGGGCUCGUGCACGCAGAUGAAUCGAGUUUCAUGUCCAACACAACAGCAAUCAAAGAACAGGUCGAUCCCUCUUCCCAAGACUCUGUCGGCGUCCUCAACUCCGAAACAGACGAUCACGAGCACCACGCUGAACCCAUAAUCAUGCCUCCUACCCCCGCCGAUUUCUUGCCAAGUAGCGACAACAGCUACUUCCCUGAUGACCCCUUCACGGCCCAGUUCGACGGAACACACACACCAAUGACAGACAUGACUGACGACCAUGACAUCCAUAGUGCGUCCGGAGCGACAGUGCUCCAUGUCGAAGUCAAACAGGUCUCGAGCAGUCCAAAACUCCGUGUGCGAGAUGGGUCCAGAAGUAUCGUCGUGCCUGAUAACGACCCAGUUGAGGAAGGACUAGGAGUUCCUCUGGCCCAUUCGACACCUAAGAAGAGCGUGCGAAAUACCCUGAUGCUGGACGACGUCUAUGUUCCUGGCAAGACGAUUGGGCGGAGCACGUACGGGUCGAGAGCCGAACGGUCUAGUGGGAGGAUGCGUGCGGAUCAGAUCUUUGUGCCGCAAGGCGAGGAAGAGGCAGAGAAGGUUGAGAUGACCUAUCCGGCGUGGUUGGAGAUUGGGAUCCCGACGGAGGAGGAUAGUAUUUUGGAGGAAGAUGACUGGUACGACGACGACCCGUCAUAUCUUACAUCCUUCCCAAAGCCAGCGCCGGCCUCCCCGACCUCUUCAUCACUCUUCUCCCUAACAAGAAGUGUCCUCUAUACAUCCUCCUCCUGGCUCGCCUCCACCCUCCUCUCGAGCGCAAGGAAAAUCACCAACGCCGUCACUGUCGCCGAAAAUAUCGAACAGGCCAAUUUUCAGCCACCUCUGUUUCGUGGGAGCGGGUAUGGUUAUAAUGAGUUUAAGGAGCGGUUGAGAGCAGAGGAAGACUAUGUUGAUUUGGAUUUGGAUUACUAUGAGCAAUUGCAGCGGAUUUGUGUUUCGGCUCUUCGGGCUGUGGAAAUUAUUGGUGGUGGUGCGUUUGAGGCGGGAGUACUCAUGGCCGAAGGUGUCCUUGGGUUCGACCAGGAUGAUGCAACGUUGACCGACGAUGAUGAGAAAGUGUGAAGGGAACAAUAACUUGUUGUUCAUAUUCGCCUUCGGGGAGCGUGAGCAGCGAAUUUCGGGACCUUAGCGCGACGUCAAUGCCCACCAAUAACUCUACGUAGGGCGCUAGUAACGUAGACGGCCUUUUCUGCAAGGCACCUCAUGAACAUGCGAGUCUAUGCAACUCGAUCCCGAUCAUUCAGCUCCUCCAGUUUCUUCAGUUUAUCGACAAAAGAAACAAGAAUGUUUGCCGCCGGCCGUCGUCAAGCGUAUGCUGCUGCUUCCAGGCAAAUCCGUACCGUCCACUCGGCUGCAUUCUCAUCUCAACGUCGUUCCACCGCCAUCGUCCUUCUUGGUCUCAGUGGAGCAGUAGCUACAUACGGCGUAUACGCUUACAAUUCGUCAAGUCCGAUUGACCUUAAGGAGGCUCGUG